ACCACUUUUUUCCCCCCAAAUUUGAGCAGUAAAAGUUUUGGAAGGUGAUUAUAUAAAGUGCUGCAACAAUAAUUAGUAACUUCUUGCCUCCCUCUGCUGGCUGAUUCGUGAACUGCAGCUGUGAUGCAUAGUGAGUCCACCCUGUCUCUGUUUUCUAGUCGCUGCGUGUGUCCCGUCACCAAGCCCGGCUGCAGAGACCUACCUUUCUCCAUCGUCCACCGCUACAUGAGCAUCACCUCGGAGCGCUCCGUGCCCUCGGACAUCUUCCAGAUCCAGGCCACCAGCGUGUCCCCGGGAGCGUACAACACCUUCAGGAUCCGCUCGGGCGACGACAACGGCGACUUCUACAUCAGGCAAAUCAACAACAUCAGCGCCAUGCUGGUCCUGGCCCGGGCCGUCUCAGGACCCAGGGAGUACACGCUGGACCUGGAGAUGGUGUCCGUCAACCCGCUGCUCAGCUACCAGGGCAGCUACCAGAGCAGCUCCGCCCUCAGACUCUCCAUCUACAUCGGGCCGUACACCUUCUAGAGGAGAGAAGACAAAAAAAACUGUGACGUCAGCACAUUAUUCAGUGAAAUACCAAACAUGUUCUUCUGUGUUUAUGUUGUGCUUUAACUCGUGUUGCCUUCAGGUGCCCUCGUCCACUCCAACGCUCCAUUAACACAAAUCCCCUUUUCUUCUCCGUUUUUAAUCCCGCUCAGCCUCGCCCUCAACCACUCACUUUCACUUCGCAAGUUUGUCACGUUCACUUUGUCUUUGUACUUUUUUUCCAACUCCAAUAAAACAAUAUACCA